ACAUCAGGUCUAAGCCAGGACUAAUCUAAGACUAAACCAGGACUACAUCAGGACUACAUCAGGUCUAAACCAGGUCUAAUCCAGGUCCACAUCACGACUACACCUGCGCCGGUCCUUUUCUCCUGCCGUCACCUGAUGAUCUACUCAAAUGCACCUCCGGGCCUGUUCCUAGACCUGGUUCAGUCCUGUUUUAGCAAAGUGAGUCGUGCCGAGUGUGAGGAGGGGCCCCUGUUUGAGGAGCAGGAGACGGAGGGACAGCGGCAGCUCCACAGUCUCCUCCUGCAGCAGCUGCACACGCACGUCGACAUCCAGAGAUGUGUGUCGAAGCGUCAGUGUUUUGCGCCCGCCGCCCUCUACUGUCCGUUUGGGGAACAGGCGGCCGGGGUUCGCUCCCUCACACAGUUCCAGGCUCUUCAGGACGGGGAGCAGGAGCUGAGCGCGCUGAGGGACCUGGGCCUCACGCACGACGAGAUCCAACUGUGGAGGAGCAGAGACCACGAGACGGACAAGUCCCGCGGCGGCGUGUGCUCGUGGACCCCGGCGCCCGACAGCAGCGUCUGGAGCAGAUCCGGGAGAAGAUGGCGGCGCGUUCGGAGCUCCUGUCCCGCCCCCAGCGCUUCAACAGCAGCCGAGCCCUGACGCGCAGAGAGAUGGAGAUCGAGCGGGCGCUGUACCAGGGCAACGAGCGCCAGGGCUUCCUCUCUGCCCUCUACCACAGGGAUGUUACAGAUCCUGACCAGCAGGUGUCGACAUCGAGCCGCUCCAUCGACUCUGUUUACAGGGAGGUUCUGGAAGAAGAUCGAUUAUCAACUUUGAAACGAAACAAAAACGAAGAAAAACUGAAGGAACAAACUGAAACAGAAACCGACCAAUCACGAACUCCGGAGCAAUCACAAACCGAGCGAAUCGACCAAUCAGAGGAGCCCGAGCCCAGAGAUGGCCAAUCAGAAGAGUCCAGACGAGAAGAACCGCUCCAGUCGGCUCCGGUGACGUCGAUCGAUCUGAAACAGCCCAUCAGCAGCCUCCGAGCGGCGUCGCACGUCCCCGUCACGGUCAGAGGCGACGUGGAGGUGAUUUCAGAAGAAGAUAUUUUAUCGACCAGAGAUUCAGACGAAACGAUACGGAACAUUCCAAGAUUUAAGAAUUACCAACCGGGAAAACCGUCCAAGGUGCUGUGUGUGAAGAACUUGUCUGCACAGGCGACCGUGGCCCAGCUGGUGGCGCUGUUCUCCAGGUUUGAGCAGAGCGGAGGAGGAGGAGGCGUCGUUUACAAACUGCUCACGGGACGAUUAAAGGGACAGGCCUUCAUCACUCUGCCCGACGUUGAAGCGGCACAAAAAGCCCUCGAGUUGAUCCACGGAUACCGGUUGCUGGGGAAACCGCUGGUCGUGGAGUUUGGGCGAGAGAAACACGACUCGACUCAACUGCAGAAUCACGAAAGAGACUGAAAAUAUCAACACAAACUGACUUUUUAUUAAACUGUAAAUAUGGAAAACACUUUUUAUUUAACAGCUUUUAUAUUUAUAUUGAUUUAAGUUGUUUUUGACUUGGCUUAUAUUACGCAGAAAUGACUCUUUUGAGCUUUAAAGGUGCACUAUGUAACUUUUCACCUUCUCUGUUCUAUGUUUAUAUCAUUGCUCUGCCCGGAAUGUUCCACAGUGUGACAUUAAACAGCUCUACUUUACAUUUAUUCAAUUACAGGUCAUUUUUGAGCUUAAAAAUACCUCGAAAAACAACAUUGUGACUGUGAGCGGGGUCGCCUCUCCACAGAUCUGACCUGUAACUUGGUCCGGUUUGGUCUCCGUGAAGAUAAGUUUGAAUGUUGUUACUGCCUCAAAAUAAAAUACAGUAACAGUUUCUAUUUUAAAGCACUGAAAGUUCUGUUCUCCUUCAGGAUUUACACGCAUCACCAAUUUCAGACGUCUGCAAUUCAUACU